AUUUGUGAACCGUGUCCCAACUCAUCUGUGAUUCAAGUCGCCGGCAUCCGGGCGUCACAGGACUCACAACUCACAAAUCACAACCUCCAGAAGAAAAGGGGGAAAAAAAAUCUCCGACGAGCACAGCCUCCUUCCUCGCCGAAACACGCCACCUCGACUUCUUCUCUCGCAGCCGUCGUCCUCUUCCCUCCCCUCCUCCCCUCUACAAGAACUGCUGGAAGUGCGGAUCCAACCGACCUUAGAUCGAUUCCUCCUCUUGUUGGUGAGGAAGCCCUAAGCUUGCUUGGAUCGAUUCUUCUGCCUCGAUUUGCAGCUGCGAGAAGGGAUGAACUGCGAGACCUGUCAGCUGAAGGAGCUGGAGCUGGAAGCUAGGGAGAUCAGGGACGUGCUGCGAUUCGGGCGUUUAGUUCGAUGAAACCGAAACCCUCAGGCAUUUUACACACCAUAUUCUUCCAUAGAACCCUAAGCCUUGUUCGCCCCAAAGACGUCGACUGCGAGUUCUUUGAGAUCACUUACGUACAGUGUGGACUUCCAGAAUUAGAAAAGGAAGUCGAUGAAAAGAUUGACCAGUUCAUUGGUUGGGCAGAGAAGCAUCCGAAUCGCAGAAGCCAGGUAUGCCUCUCCUUUUUCGACGAGAAAAACAAACACCCAGGAUGGUUUGGCAACAAAACAGAACGCAUUUAUUGGGAACAAUGGUUCAUCAAUUUGCACGUCAUAAGCCCAAAAAGAUAUAGCAAAUCAAACAGCUCCAAAGGGCUUACAAAUAUUGGAGGGAAUGCCUUGGAGGAGAUUAGCUCAAGACGUGCUGCAUUGGAGUCAUCAAUUCAUGAAGUACUAUUCCAGAUCAUAAACUUCGCCAACGAGAAAAGAGACCACAUUCCUGCCAUCCCUGAUACAUUCAAUCAUGAUAUCAUGAUCCCAAGCUUCUCGGAUUCUGUGUUUGGAUGGAACACCGACGUUCUUCGGAGAGUGUUGAAUAGUGGGCACCCAUACUCACUUUAGCUGAAGACGACCGAUGCUGUCAUCCGGUGUGGAAGAUAACCAGUGUUGUGUACAUAAUCAUGUAUGCUUAGAUAAUAACCAGUGUUGUGUACAUAAUCAUGUAUGCUGCCAGAGACCAUGCUCAUCUUGCUUGUAAGUAUUUGUGCGCGAAUCUCAUUUUUAUUUUGAACAAUGUUCCUGUUCCACAGAAUGAUGACCAGACAUUUAAUGCAUUAUCCAGUAUGGUUCA